ACUUUACCUGUGUUCUGUCAAACAAGCGUGCAUGGUGAUAACACGCACGCUUUGAGGUUAUAACUCAAUCACGCUGUAUUUUUCGGCAUUUAAUUUGUAAAUUAUGUCGUUCCGCGGUAGAGGAGGUGGUGGCGGUGGUCGAGGCGGAUAUGGCGGUGGUGGUGGAGGCGGAGGAAGAGGAUUUGGAGGUCGCGGAGGCGGUGGCGGCCGAGGCGGCUUCGGCGGACGCGGCGGCGGCCGUGGUGGAAGAGGUGGUGGUGGCGGUGGAUUCCGCCAACAAGACCAAGGACCUCCAGAGUCUGUGAUCCCUCUAGGACACUACGGAUGGACAGUACAGGACGACCUAAUCUGUAAAGUAGACAUUGAAGAUGUCCCAUACUUCAAUGCGCCCAUCUUCCUCGAAAAUAAAGAACAGAUCGGUAAAAUUGACGAGAUAUUCGGCAACUUACGUGAUUACUUCGUGUCAGUAAAAAUGGGAGAUAACUUCAAAGCGAAUAGUUUUAAAGAUGGCCAGCAGUUUUACAUCGACCCCGCGAAGUUAUUGCCACUGAAGAGGUUUUUGCCGCAGCCGCCUGGUGCUAAACGUGGUGGUGGUCGCGGUCGGGGCGGACCUCGCGGUGGUCGUGGCGGAGGCGGCGGCUUCGGCCGCGGAGGUGGUGGCGGCGGCCGAGGCGGAGGUUUCGGUCGAGGAGGCGGUGGGGGUCGCGGCGGCUUCGGGCGCGGCGGCGGCGGCGGCUACGGAGGCGGCGGCGGCGGCUUCAACAGAGGAGGUGGUGGCUUCAGAGGGGGACGCGGCGGCCGAUAACCCUCCAGUGAUGACUAGACAUUGGUUAAGUGAAUUUAGAUUUAAGCAGUUUGUGUAAUAUGUUGUUAAGUAUAAAAUGUGAGCUAGGAGUUGAACAUUGUUAUUAUAUUUGUAUGACUUGGUUGAAUAUCCUUGGAUAAUGUACAACUGAUGAACUGGAGCAUGGUAUUCAUGACCAUGUUAUAACCUUUUUGUAUGUAACAUAGACACAUUAUGUGCAAGGUAGACUUAAAAAGGAUGCAGGAAGUUCUUUUCAAAAGUAACACUUGAUAUAAUUGACGAAUUGAUGUAUACCAACUCUCAUGGGUACUGAAUUGUGGUCUGGGGAUUAUUAUGCAUCAUAUUUCAAGGAGGCAUUUUUAACAUUUAUUUCCUGUCCUGUAGCACGGUUCAGUACCCAGCCAGCCAUUGGACCACGAGUUAGUUCAAUGUUCCAUAUGGAAGGUUUAAAAAGUGCAACUAAAUUUAUGAAUUAAAAUCAUUAUUAUACUACAUAUAAAAUACCAGUUAUGACAAAAUUUCAUAUUUGUGACACAUUUUUGUACUUUACUCAUUAUCACAUAAACAUUAUGUUGUAAGGACCUAAUGAAAAACAUUGUUAAGAAAUAAUAUAGCUAUAUUUUAAGA